AUGGCGGGGCCUCAGGCACGGCAGGGGGCACCUGGGACCCAGAGUCUGCAUCCGCACACAGCGCACUGCGGCGUCUCCUCCGGCCCGCGCCCCUUCCCCGGGACCCCGACGACACCCUGCUGGGCUCCGGCGCAGCCUUCCCAGAGGCCAGGCCCACGCACGUCCCCACCUGCCCUGGCCAGCCGCUUCCCCGCCAGCACUUCUGCCCUACUCCUCACCCGAGGAGCCGCUCGGAUCCUACCCCACCUCCUCCAAACGCACUUGGCCUUCACCCCCAAUCAGCCGCCCUCGUCUCCACGCCGGGACCCCCGGGGGCCGCCCCACGAGACCUCUGGGCUCCUCCGCUCCGGGGUCUCUGCUGGGACCACGCUCCCGCCCCGCGCCAGGUGCCUCCGGGCUGCGCGUGCUCCGGUCCGGGUGGCCCCCCGACCGAACUCGCGGUUUUUAAGCCACUUUGGAGUAAAUCGCAACGAGAAGGACGCCGACACCGCCGCCACGCCGCCCCAACGCCCACACCUGGUCUGCAGAGCCGGGGCCCGGCGGGUACCUGGCCAGGGCGGGCUGGGGACGAGCGCGCGCCCCUCCGGAGAAGUCCCGGCUCCCCGGCGCCUCUCCGCGCGCCUUUCCGGCAGCUCAGACCCCGUCCGCGAGAGGAGCCCCGCAGGGCCUCGCCUAGAGGCACUGGGGCCGGAUAGACUCCUCGGCAGCCGGGCUGGGGGAGGAGGAGGAGGAUCCCGGGAGCGCAGCGCCGCCAUGCGGGGCUCGGGGCUGACAGGCCGGGGCGCUCCAGCGCCCCGGGGGCCGCCAGGGGUCUUGGGCAGGGGGUUCUCAGUCUGUCUGCCUCUGCUGUGUGGAGCCCGCCGGACUCCGAAAGGGGCCGCGGGGCUGUCGAGCGGGGGGGCGGUCGCCGGGCUCGGCGGCGCCUGGGGCCAGGUUUCCUCACGGGGAUGCUUGGGGCCGGCCCGCCGCGCGCUCUCGUCUUCGGGAAGCCGGCCCGGGACCCACUCCUCUUCAGAGAGACUGUUGGGGAGGCGGCGGUUGAGCUGGGUGUUUCUUUUCGCCCAGCCGAAGGGAAAGAAGGCCAAGGGCAAGAAGGUGGCCCCGGCCCCUGCUGUGGUGAAGAAGCAGGAGGCCAAGAAGGUGGUCAACCCCUUGUUCGAGAAAAGGCCCAAGAAUUUUGGCAUUGGACAGGACAUCCAGCCCAAAAGGGACCUCACCCGCUUUGUCAAAUGGCCCCGCUACAUCCGCCUGCAGCGGCAAAGGGCUAUCCUCUAUAAGCGGCUGAAAGUGCCGCCCGCGAUUAACCAGUUCACCCAGGCCUUGGACCGCCAAACAGCUACUCAGCUGCUUAAGCUGGCCCACAAGUACAGACCAGAGACAAAGCAAGAGAAGAAGCAGAGGUUGCUGGCCCGAGCUGAGAAGAAAGCUGCAGGCAAAGGGGAUGUCCCCACCAAGAGGCCACCUGUCCUCCGAGCAGGGGUUAAUACCAUCACCACCUUGGUGGAGAACAAGAAGGCUCAGCUGGUGGUCAUCGCACAUGACGUGGAUCCCAUCGAGCUGGUGGUCUUCCUGCCCGCCCUGUGCCGGAAGAUGGGGGUUCCCUACUGCAUCAUCAAGGGCAAGGCCAGGCUGGGGCGUCUGGUCCACAGGAAGACCUGCACCACCGUGGCCUUCACACAAGUCAACUCGGAAGACAAAGGUGCUCUGGCUAAGCUGGUGGAAGCCAUCAGGACCAAUUACAACGACAGAUACGAUGAGAUCCGCCGUCACUGGGGAGGCAACGUCCUGGGUCCCAAAUCAGUGGCUCGCAUCGCCAAGCUGGAAAAGGCAAAGGCCAAAGAACUGGCCACCAAACUGGGCUAAGUGUACACUAUUGAUUUUUCUGUACAUAAAAAUAAUAAUAAUAAAAAAAAUCCUUCAGCCA